CGUCGGGAAAUAUUCUUGGAUGCGCCUCACUCACAACCCUUAAUUUUUUGUCCUUUUGCGCCCUGCACGAUGAAUGUCUCAAGGUCGGCUGUAAGGUCUUCGAGAUGGUCGAAGCCCAUUGAGCAAUUCCUACGAGAAUCUACACAGACGUCACCGAGACGGGGGUUUGCUUCCGCAACAAGAGUCACGGCUAUACAGAAUGCACAACAACCACGUCAGCAACGGCUAGCAGGACAAGCAGGCGGUUAUGGCAGAGUCGAGCAGAGAAGAGCGUUUUCAUACACGCCGAUAUCUUUACACGGGCAUCUUGAUCCGCCGAAGCCGGGAGAAGAGCUACACGUUACCUUCAUAGACAAGGACGGGGACGAGCAGACUAUCGUAGUCGCAAAGGGAGACAAUCUCUUGGAUAUCGCUCAAGCCAACGAUGUUGAGAUGGAGGGCGCAUGCGGAGGCUCUUGCGCAUGCUCAACAUGCCAUGUCAUAGUCGAGGACGAGGGAUUGUACGAUAAGAUGGAGGAGCCUGAUGAUGACGAGAACGACAUGCUGGACCUUGCCUUCGGCCUGACCGAAACAUCACGACUGGGUUGCCAAGUGAAGAUGAACAAGGACCUUGAUGGAUUGAGGGUCAAGCUGCCAUCUAUGACAAGAAACCUACAGGCAAGCGACUUCAGCCAAAAGAACGAGAGAUCUGAUAAUUAGCAUGGGAUACCUGGAACACUGUUGUAAAUAUAACCGAUUCCCCACCGGAACAUGUAUCAUUAUUGGAACCAGCGGCUAGAAGCUUGCUAGGUUUUAAAAACAUUACUACUCCAACGCCAAUAUGCGCCAUGCUGUGCAAUUCAUAAGUGAUACAAUCAUGCCUCCUCAAUGCCUCCCGUUGGCAACCCUCCCGAGCCGCCGGCGAUGAGCGCUAAGAAGCCCUGCUUGCUCAUCUCAUUGACCUUCUCUUCCCUCCUCCCAUGGCCAACCAAACCUUUCUGCCUAGCAUCCUUUGCAGCCUGCUCUCCCUUGAUCUGGGCAGAC